GCCAGAGAAGCCGCCAAAGCCUCGCGUGGAUACAACUCGGAGGCCACACAGCAAAGGCUUGAAGAGACCUUCCGACAGCGCAUGGGAGGGAAGGUGCCACACCAGUGGCAGGCGGAUGUCUCAGAGGCGCUGUUGGUGGGAUUAGACUGGGUGCACGAGGAUCUGUAA